GUUUCUUAAUCGCCAACUCAAACUUCUGUUCGCUCGCGUAGCUCCUCAGUCCCUGCCCGGAUAGAUUCACUGUCGCGGGGUGCCUCGGUUGUCUGCGGAGACGGCCGUUUCGGGAAAUCCAGCUUUUUCCUUGAGCUGUCAAAAACUCUGGGGAUUUUUGGUGGCCAGGUCCACGCAAACUUCAGUUGUUUUCUGGUUGGUCUUGCAUGCCCUCGGUACGUGGCGAAAAGGGAUGCUGAGUCACUCUUUGGGCGCAGCAGGGACCGCUGCUGUAGAUGAGUCUGAAGUCAAGAGUUCGUGUCGAAUGGCGCUGCACAACGUGUAAAUGCUUGCAGCGAUCCAGCAGCUCUUCUUCGACAUCCGAAGGUGUUUCGCCGUGGUCGUUCCAUCACAUCAAACCCGUUUGUGCAAGAAGACGAAACCCGCAAAGUACGCCAGUCAUUUCGCGUCUGUCACUGACCUACGGGGAUAAAAGGCAGCUUCCCCUCGGCUGCAGCUCACUGCGUUUUCUCUGAUUGAAAUCUGGAACCCUCGUCGGAAUUUUUCGACUCUCCAAGUCGAGAACCAAGCGUGCUCGCUUCGCUCUCGUCUCAUCACUUUGCCGUCCGGUUAACUAACUGUACGAGACCUGUUCGAAACCCCCUGUGUUGAGUUUUUUUUUGCUCGUGGCUAUUCCGGUUGAUUUUCUUCAUCGCCUUUCUUCGACUCCGAUGGUCGUGUCCUCCCACGGCUUCCGUCCAUCCCCUGCGGUCUCCUUGGUAGACGCAUGUUUCUCCCGCAUCACUUUUCUUUCCUUUUUCUCGCUCUUUUUCCAGCAUGUCUCCAGAGACUUCUCCCUCUGGACCCGCAGGACUCUGUGCCAGCCAGCUGGCGUCGGAGCCGCAUUCUGGGGUCUGGGGAGUUUCUCAGCCUUCUGAUGCACAUGCGAACGAAAGUUCCGCAGGAAGGAGAAACUCGUUCUCGUCUGCGUCGAACGUCGUCGACCCGAGUUCCGGUCGUUCUGUCUCAGCGAGUCACCAGGGCGAUCUGGGUGAACUUGAAGCGCUCAGCAGCACGAGCAGCAGCGGCGAGGCGUCCUCUCUUCUCGACAGCGACAGUGGGUCUGCGAGCUUGCUCGACUCUGGAGACUCGGAUUCAGAUCCUGCAGACGACGGCUUUUUCAAACUGAAGGCGACGCUCGGAAGAGACAGCCAAGGGGCGUCUGUGCACAGCUCCGAGCCCGAUGAAGAUGCAGCAAAAGGCAGGUCGAGUGCCUCUUCAGAGCUCGCGUUUCCUUACAGAGAUAGUUCAGGUGAACGCAGCAAGGCAGUUCCGACGCGUCGCAGCGAGAGCAGGGAACAGGAAGCGUCGAACACUCCGGAGGAUCCUGCUGUCUGUGGAGAAGAAACAACUUCUGAAAAAGCCGAAAAGACCGGACAGCGAGAAGAUCCACGCGAACAGCGGAAGUUCUGGACUUCAGUCUCGGAUGCGGAUUUCCAGAAGUCUGGAAGCGAAACAGGGAGGCGGUUGGAGGUCGGUCGUCGGGCGCCGUCCUCUGCGUGUCAAGAGUCGAAGGAGUUCUUGGAGGCGCAUGCAGCUGCGGACUUGUACUUGUCGCCUUCUGCAGCGAGGAGUGGAAGCAGCGUGAGACCGCAACGACGUGACGGCAUGCCCGCGUCUUCAACAGGCAUUCGCGAAAGCCAGAGGGGAACUGUUUUUCCGGAAAAUCAUGUUCUCCCGAUGCAGGCAUCUCAGACGGACGCCUCUGCGUCGAGAAACGUCGCCUCUCGACCUGAAAUGUGUGGGCCGACGGUCACCGCGUUAUCCUCAAAGAAUGUCAAAACGCGAGCGGAGGGAGAUGAGGAAAACGAGUCCGAAGGGCGACUGCAAACGCCGAGGAGGGGUCACGAGCUGAGAGGAGGCGAUAAUACAGCUGCUGACAGCCUUGAGGAAGACGAGUUCGAGUCUCCUCGAGAGGACCUCGAUACUCGCUCUGAAGACCCGAGUGUCGCCGGGACGCAGAGCGAGUCGUCUUUGGUAAAUCGCCGAAACAACAGUCACCGAACAGCGUUCUUGUGCUCGCCGAACAGUCAGCCUGACGCGGCCGAUCUGGACGCGCGAGAGGCGCCUGGAACACCAUGCUCCCAGGAGAACAGGAAAUCUCUCAGCUCUCUGACAGGAGAAGGGUGGUCGCAGGAGAGUGAAAUUUCACGUGAAACAAACAAGGCCGGCGUCUGUGUCUCCGCUUCUCUGGCGAAAUCUGAAGAAGAAGUGACAAGAGGAAAUCCCCACACUGCAGACGCGUUUCUGUUUCCUGCGCCCUCAGCAGCCAGGGAGGUGCGCAGAGACGCCAGACGUGGGAGACAGAACGACAGCAGCGGAGGUGAAGACGGCAGCGGAGGUGAAGACAGCGCCGGAAGACGUCUGAAUCAAGUUGGACAGUCUCUGGAAACAGAAUUGCAACAGCAAGCUCAGCACGAGAUGAAAACGAAACAGUCUUUCUCCGAUCUCGAGACGCCGUCUCUGUCGGAAAACGACACGCACGGCGAAGAGGAAUGGGAGCUUCGAUGGGUCCCGUCGAUCACUCCUGACUGGGAUGUAGAAAGCCACUUUUUCCAGCUACGCGAUUUCAAAGUUCACAUUUCCCUGUCGAACGUCGGUGGCGCGGCUCGCCUCCGCGUGAGUCGAUUCAAGGUGGACGGCUACCAGCGGUUCGACACGGUGAUCAGUUUUCUCAAAAAGGCGCUAAAACGCGACCAUCUUUACGUUUACGUCAACAACUUUAUCCAGCCCCAGCCGGACGAGUUCGUCGCCGACCUUUUUAAGGCAUUUGGAGUAGGUGGAAGCCUCAUGGUUUCGUACUGCUACACUCCCGCUUAUUGACAGUGGCAGUGUGUUCGAGAAACAAGGUGGACCUCGUCAAACGCUGGACCGUUAAGGUGUGGCGUUCUGCUCAGAAUCGGUUUGCUUGCACUAAACAACAGACUUCAUGAUUUGACAGAGGUUCCGUUUGGAGAAAACAACAGAACACGCUCCAAGUCUCUGACUCUGAAAAUUGGGGAAGGCGCAAACAAAAUAGUAGGGCAUCAGUCAGUUAAGGAACAGGGUCGCCGGCUUGGGAAAGCUGUAUAUUUUGAUUUUGAUUCGCAUUGACACAAAAUGUAGUGGAAUUCCGAUCAGGUGCUUUGCCACCACACUCAGGGACAUACACCUGUGGCGACUAUCACCCUGUUUUUCAGGAGUGCGAGUCUGUUGGAUACAGCAAGCGCCCAGAAAAUGUGUUUCAAAGAAAGAGAGGUGCAUCGCUAUGACUAGUUCAGCAGAGCUAUACCGAGGAAUACCGGUUCACAAUAAUCAGGCGCAUAUAUAAGCAAUGUUCUUUUUGGUACACAUUGUAAAUUGGGAUUGAUAAUGAAUGAGAUAUGUCAGUACUUCGUAUGCUGAUCGAGUCUGGAAAGUUGGACGAUUGGCAGGGUAGGGUCACUGCUGGCGAACGCUCAGCCAUGCCCCGUGGACGUAAUAGCGGAGUCGCGUAUUCCCUUCGGCGACACUCGAGUAUGGUUAAACAUGCGAAAUCAAGUUUGCUUUCGCCUGGCACUCUGCAGGGCUGCCCGUUUCGGGGUGGGGUGACACCGUCUUCUCAUUAAGCGCGUCUCCGUGUACACAAUCCCAGGAUGUCUUUGCUGGGAACUGGGUUAAUGGCUGGACGGCGUCUUCGUUCUUUUGUGGUGUUAAAACGUAGCGCCAGAGAAAAAGAGUGUAGCGAAGAGGAAGACAGGCCUAGAAGACGAGUUGGGAAAAGGCAGCAGGUAGGCACCACGAAGGCGGGAGGUUAAUCGAAGUGCAGCCGAUGCACGACAUAGAAAACCUGCUUCAAGUAGAGGGAACUGGUAUCAUUCCGGCGAACCCCCAAAACUUAGCUCGCCGGUUGUGCUUCUUUUUUUUGACACUCCUGAAGUCCCUCUGCUGCUGUCCGGUCUUUUGCCACGAGGUGCCGGCGACGGUCGCUGCUGUCUGGGUUACAGACCAAUACAGAUUAUGAGAAGUGACACGGUAGUUCAUCGCUGUAAAUAAUGUCCGUGGUUCAGAGUUGGACUCUCACGCUUUCUGACACUCUUGAACAGCGAUCGCUGCCCCAGAGGUGGGCACGUUCCAUGCGUCAGUUAAGGGCAGUAACCCCGGACGUAUCGACAACAAAAAAAUUCGCUGAAUUCUAGUAGCAAUUGUUCCUAACCAUAUGGGGCGUAUACGAACUGAGAGACAAGCAGCAGAGCGAUUAUCAGCGGACCAGCUUAGGAUUCGAUUUGGUGGUAAUGAACAUCUGCGGUG